AUGGGUUUCCAGUCUGUUAGUAAUCAAUAUUCUUUGAUGUUUGUUGUGCUUCCCAGCUCGUCGAUUCACGCUAAUUACUCAUUGCAGUCAUGUCACUCGGGAACCGUUCUCGAUCUGCCAUACAUUGUAAUGAUUUCUUGCCUUCCAGCAAAAUCGCGCAGCUUAAUCGUCUCUCACUUGCAGUAUGACUCGCACGGGCAGCUUAGUCACGUGAGCCCACGCGCACUUGCCCGCAAAGCGGCGCCAGCGGAUGUGAUCUCGCUCUCGGGAUGCGAGGACGGAAAGACAAGUGUCGAAACAUUCAUGAACGGCCAGGCCGUCGGAGCUGCUAGUCAUGCCUUCAUUGAGGCUGUGCUGUCGAAUCCACAACAAAGCUAUCAGCAGCUGUUACAGAAUGUUCGCGUGCUGUUGAAGCCCAACUUUACUCAGAAACCCCAAUUAGGCAGUUCACAUCCGAUUGACACAUCGCUGAGGUUUAUCAUGUAGUUUAUACUUGUCGCUUGCUAUUUGCUUUCGAUUGUAUGUCUCUUGUUCUGCUGUCGUACUCUACUUUGCUGUAAUUGUAAUCCUGUGCUUGCUC